UCUGACCAAAACCGAGAAGAGAAAGCGUUGAUUCCUGCUCCAGUGAUGUCGUGGAUCGGGGUUAGUGAACAGUGAUUCUGCUUUUUCCAUCUUCUGCGAGAGAGAGAGAGAGAGAGAGAGAGUGAAAAUGGUGAGGGAAGUUGCAGAGAGUUGCGUUGAUAGCUUGUUGACGGAGAUGGUUGCGAGCUAUUGCAACCGAUUCUACGCGAACAAACCUGAGCUCGCCGCCCGCAGAAUCGAGGCCAUUGGAUACCAGGUCGGUCAUCAACUCUCCGAAAGGUACACCAUGGAGCGACCGCGAUUCAGUGAUCAUCUGGAAGCCAUAAAGUUCAUCUGCAAGGAUUUUUGGACUGAGCUCUUUAAGAAGCAAAUAGACAACUUGAAAACAAACCAUAGAGGUACCUUUGUAUUGCAAGAUAAUAAGUUCCCCUGGCUUGAGCGGAUAUCGAUUGAUCCAUCAACUGAUAAAGUUAAUUCAGCCGAGGACGAUUCUUUGACUACAGCUGAAAACAAGGCGGCAAGCACAAUAAGCAUGCAUCUUUAUUACCCAUGUGGCAUCAUUAGAGGAGCUCUUUCAAAUUUGGGAAUUACUUGUGCAGUUACUGCAGAUAUAUCAAAUCUUCCAGCAUGCUCAUUUGUGGUACGUGUAAAAGCGUGAUGAGUUCACAGUUAUGUCAAUGAUGGAAGUGAGAACAAUGUUACCAUGUCUGCAAGUUCUUUUGCAUAAUUUGCUGACUGGGAAUUGUUACUUUGCCAUCUUUACGCUAUCAAAUGUUAUUGAAUUUGUUGUAUAGAAAGGGCUCCUGAGGAACUUGUUGGUUCGGAUGCAAAUUGUAUGGAGAUUACGAUAGUAUAAUUUUAUUGUACCGAUCACCAUUUGGUAGAGGGUGAUUUCUUUAAUGACGAUCUUAAACUAAUCCAUUGCUUACAAGGAA